AUGAUACCACGAACGACGGCAUUCCUAUUACGGAUGGAUAAUGAAUUUCUACAGAAACUUUUGCAGAGCAGAAGAUAUUGUUGGUGUCACAAUUUACUCGAGAGAUAA